GAGGCUUCGUUCCGCAGAAGCCGCGUGCGUGUACUACGGAGGCUCUGCGAGGGCAGCGCGAUUAUGUAUCCAAGCCCCGCUCGCUCCCUGUGCUCGGCCCUCCCUACUUUCUGCUGCGCCUCGUCCCUGCUCCGCCGGUCUCCCGUGCCGAUGAAGAGAGCCCUCUCCCCGCCUGCCCUGCUCGCCGCUUCCUCUUCCACCGCUGCCGCCUCUCUCUGCGGUUGCUCCGUUGCGGGUCGGGGGGCUGCCAGUCCUCAAGUGGUGUAUCCCAUGGGCAACAGUACAAGCAGGCUCUACAGCGCUCUCGCAAAGACUUUGAGCAAUGGUGCCGUCUCAAAACAUCUGGAAUACUUGGAACACCCGGAUGCUGAAUUCCUAGAUCCUAUAGACCCCAAGGACCUGCUUGAAGAAUGUCAAGUGGUGCUUCAGAAACGUCCAGCCCGGUUCCAUAGAGACUUUGUGAACCUGCAGGCCAAUGUUGCCAAAAGCCACCAACCCAUUAGAGUCAUGCAGUGGAAUAUACUUGCUCAAGCUCUUGGGGAAGGCAAAGACAACUUUGUACAGUGCCCUAUGGAAGCCCUCAGGUGGGAAGAAAGGAAAUGUCUCAUUCUCGAAGAGAUCCUUGCAUACCAACCAGACAUCCUGUGUCUUCAAGAAGUGGACCACUAUUUUGACACCUUUCAACCACUCCUUAGUCGUCUGGGCUACCAAUGUACUUUCUUACCUAAGCCAUGGUCUCCAUGUUUAGAUGUGGAAUGUAACAAUGGGCCAGAUGGCUGUGCCUUGUUCUUUCUUAAAGACCGGUUUACUCUAAUCAACAGCGCCAACAUGAGGCUGACCGCAAUGAAGCUAAAAACCAACCAAGUAGCUAUCGCUCAGAUACUAAAAUGCAAUGAAACUGGCAAACUAUUCUGCAUUGCUGUCACUCACUUGAAAGCACGUAAUGGCUGGGAAAGGUUGAGAUCAGCGCAAGGUAUUGAUCUUCUGCAGAAACUGAAAAGUAUCACUCAAGAGGCUGAGAUCCCUGUCAUUGUUUGUGGUGAUUUCAAUGCUGAGCCCACUGAAGAGGUUUACAAAGAAUUCGCAAACUCCAGCCUGAACUUGAAUAGUGCUUACAAGCUGCUGAGUGCCGAUGGGCUGUCUGAACCCCCAUACACGACAUGGAAGAUCCGACCCUCUGGAGAAUGCAGGCACACCCUGGAUUAUAUCUGGUAUUCACAACAUGCCUUACAAGUGAAUGCUGCUCUCAGUCUUCUGACUGAGGAACAAAUUGGACCCAACAGGCUACCAUCUUUCAAUUACCCUUCAGACCAUUUGUCUCUAGUAUGUGACUUCAGCUUUAGUGAAGAUCCUGACAGGCUUUUAUAGUUUAAGUUUAAUAUGAGGGAUAAGUUUACUGGGUUAAUGCAGUGGCCCUUGCUUCUGAAGACUUUGGGGGAUUAUUUAUGGAUAGACAACUAAUUUACUUUCAACCACAUUCUACAAAGAUGCUCUCAUUAAGACUUUCCCGUGACAGAAACAAAAAUUCUGCUGAUUGCCUACUUCAAGAGAUGUCUUGGGUAUUAUUUCUUGUUACAGAGACGAAAGAGAAGCUCCACCAGUAUAUCAUGUUUGAGAACUGAUUUCCUAAAAAAUACAUAGAGCUUAGAGGUCUAUGUGUUCUUGCAUCAUUUUGCCCAACGGUUAUGGAUUAGGUUCACAAAAUGGGCCAAAAAGGUGUCAUACUACAACGUUAAGUUAUCCUGAUUGACCAAGUGUGGGCGACCCAGUUUAGGGCCCAUUUAAUUCUAUACAUGCAAACACAAUGUAACAUGGAUUUUACUCAAUUAAAAUAUGCUUGCAUUUGUA